AGCGCCACCAUCUCCCUCUCACGUUUUUUCAAGCAUCUUACCGAGACGUGUGCUCUCUGAGAAUAAAAAUACAGCGUUCCUUGCUGCAGUAGCCCUUUAUUAUUUUAUUUAUUUCUAGUUUAAUGUAAUAGGAAUAAUUUUGUUUUCUGUGGUUCGAUCAUGUAUGUGCGUCGGCCACUUGCACAACACAGCACCCCGCGGCGCCGCCUCCGCCGGUGGAGUGGGCCGUCUACAGCCCCGGACAUCCGCACCGCCAUCGCCUCCGCGGCAGCCGGCCCCCUCACCGGCCCCGCCGUCGACAACGACUUCCACCACUACGUGCGGUGCGAAUGCGGCGACGUGCUCUUCUCGCAUGCGGGCGGACUUCGCACGGCGGCGCUGUCGGCGUCCUCCUCUGCUCAUGGACCACCGCCGUCUGCGAGCGCGUCUCUCCACGGCAGCCUGCUGCACUGCGGGCCUGAAGUGGCGGCGCUGCCCGCCUCGCACGCGCUGUUGAACAACGUGAACGGUGCGGUGUGGCUGCGCGUGCUGACGUGCUUAAGGGACCGCGGCGCGCUGACCAGUCGGGACUGCGCUGGAGUCAUCCGCUACCUGCCCGCCCUUACGUAUCACCCGCUGCUUCCGUGGCUGUGGGCACCGGCGGCUGCGGCCACCACCGCCGAGUGGGUAGUGCAAGGCGGUGACGCCACUCAACAGAUGCGCAAUGCACCGCUGCGGUUGGAGGGCAGCGACGAAGGCGGCGGGCAGAUCUCAUUGCCACCGACGGCUGUCGACGCAGCUGAAGCAGCGGACGUGACGGCGGAGGUGUACAGCAACAUGAUGCUCGUGGCUCUCGAGAGGGCGCGUCGGGUGCCGGCGCCAGCUGGGGUCACGGCAUCAGCAGCAGCGUCCGCUGGUGUUGUGUACGAGGUUGCGGACUUGACCACGGCCGAUCCGCAGUUGUGGGUGGCCAUGUCGCAUGCACUCGUGUCAGACUUGCCGUCUGCCGCCACCCGUCGAGAUCGACUGAAGUUGUGGCACGAUAUUCUAUUUACCUUGCGCUCCCACUCCACGUGGAACACGACGGCAACAGCGCUGCGGGACGUAGGCCACCCGCAGCUGCUGCGUGUGUUUCAAGCCUUUUAUUUGGAUAUGCGCCGUCAGGAGACGACGACAACGGAGGAAGAGGCAGCGGCUGCGGUGCGCGUUGAAGUCAGCAGCAGAAGCCGCAGCACAUCGGUGGCCUCGCUGGAGAUCACCACGUUGACGCCGCCCCUUCUACUACACAAAUUCCGCGCCUUGUACCGUCGACACAAGCACUCCUCCAUGCUCUUUGCAGAGUUAUACGCCUACUGCGUUCAGCAGGAAGAAACGACCGUGCAGUGGCGGCGGCGCUCUUCUGUCCCUUCAGCAGCGGUAGCCACAGCAGCAUCUUCGGCUGGCCGCAGUCCGGUUGUGUCGUCGGAGGCGGAGACGCGUGUUGUGCGUCUGGGCACUACGGCUCUGUUGAUGAAUGUCGAUCUUGCGGUGUACUACGCGAGUCUGCCGGGCCGGCGUGACAGCGGCCUCGACACACCAGCCGAGCAGUGGGCCGCUACACUGCGGCACUUACGGUUUCUGCUUCCCCGCCUACACCUGCUCCAGCGGUGUCUGCACGCACAGCACAGUUCAGCGUCAUCGUCGCUGCCUUCGCUGCCGCUAUCGGCGGAGCUGUGGGAGCCGUGGAAGCGAGUCGCAUCGGUGCUCAUGAACGUGUGUGUGUGGGUGGAGAACAACGACGAGGAGGCGGAGCGGUGCUGUGCGGCGCUGCGGACCGUGGUGGAGGCGUUGCAGAACCUCGCGACGUCAUCGCCGCCGACAGCAGAGGGCAUCAGCGGCGCGCUGCGGCUGGCGGCGGUGCACACCCUGCUCGGCGCCCCCACCACGACGGAUAUCUCCAUCUUCAUUACCACCCUUGUGGAGGCUGCCGGUGAGAGCAUGCGCGCUAAGGCAGUGCAGCUGCACUACGGCCCGACGGAUGGUCUCUUCGGUAUUGCGUUGCUCUCCGUCGCCGUCUCUGCCGUCGUGCCAGCGGGACCAGCACGGCAGCAGCAGCAGCAGCAGCAGCAGCAGCAGCAGCAGCAAGCCCACAGGCAGCCGUCAUCGCAGGACGCUCCGCUGAAUGGACGAAAUGGCGAUACAAAGGUGGCGGAGGAAAGUAAAAGAGCCGAAUUUGAGGACACCGCCGAGCGGCUGCGUCAGCUGCAACUCCUCACGCACGCAUCGAAGGCAUCGCCACGUCCGAUAUGGUCUGCGCUGCGCCGAACACCGCACGCGAAGGAUGCCGCCCGCUACGGUCUCGUCACCAUCGGCUACCGGCUCUUCCGCGACUGCGUCGUGCCAUCCACAACGCACACCGCCACGUUCUCCACGGCACGUCGCGUGUUGGCGCUGCUGUGCGCGUGGGCGAGUGAGGUUGGGCAGCCGCUGGGCCUGCGUGGCGAGCAGGCGCCCACACUGUGGCAGCUGCGGUGGUCACAGGCACAGCAGAAAGAGCGGUGCGGUGAGGAGGCAAACCCGACUCCCCACUACGGCCGCCGCCACCGCAGCGAAGAGGUAUCGCUGGUGCAGCAACUGAUCGCAACGUGGCACUCCAGCAGUCCGCACCGCGGCGGUCGGAGCGAUGCGAGGCCGGACGCAGAGGAGUGGGUGUGUGGCUGCGGAUUUCGGAACGUUGGCGGUGAUGCGGACGUGUCGUGUGUGGCCUGCGUGCUGCGAGACCUCGUGCCGCACUGCUGGGAGUGUCCGUCGUGCCACACCGUGGCGGACAGCGGGGCGCGCGUGCCGUACUGCCUCCACUGCGGCGAGGCGCACCCGGCGCUCCGACACCAGCAGCGUCGUGAUCAUCACGACAUCGAAGAAGAAGAACCGAGAACUGCUGAACACGGCCUCGUGCACGUCUGCGGUGCGUGCCACACUGUUUCCGCCAAGGCGCCCUUUCUUUCGCAUGCAUCACUCCCCAACGCAGAUCGCCAGGGCAAUGGGGGCCCCGACAAGGACGCACAACGCAGCAGCGGCUGCGAUGUCUGCGGGCGUCACGACACGGGCUACUACACCGCGGCCUUUGCCUGGACCUGCUGCUGUGGCGCCUCGAACUCGGCCCUGCACGACUACUGCCACGCCUGCUCUCGCGCAGCACGGACGCCGACGCUGACCUGCCCGCAGUGCCACUACACAGAGACGACGACAAGCAUCACCGGCGGACGGUGCACGCGCUGCAGCUUUCCGCAUCCGCGCCGCCUGGCCGCAGUGCAGCAGUCGCGGCUGGUCCGCUGCCCCGCCUGUCAGGGCCUCGCUCCGUCCACCAGUCUCAGCUGCCCGCACUGCGCGAACACGGCAAUCGGCGUGGUGGCUGCGUUCCUGCCGACGGUGGCCGAUCAGCCGUGGCUGUGCCUGCACUGCGGUGCGUCCCACUCGGUGAGGGACGCCGAAACGGGCGUGCUUCGUGCGCCGCCUCCGCUGCAUGUUACGGGGCUUGCGGUGAAGGAGCGAUCGAUGUUGCCGCCCUCCCCCUCCUCCUCUCCCGACUGCCACGGCGAAGGUGUCGACAGCGGGUGGAAUGAUGACGUGUGUGACCGGUGCGGCACUCAACGUGUUGCGGCCGCCACGUGGGAGCCGUCGCGGCUGUGGAGCUGCACGGCGUGCGGGGAGGUGUACAACACGGAGGCGGCGUGCCGGCGGUGUGCGGCGCUGGCGCCUGGGGUGCCGGUAUCCGCCGUGCACGUAUGGCAGUGCGAGGUCUGCCGCGCCGACCACCCGAGCUGGGAAGCGGAGUGCGCUACGGCGGGAUGUGGUGGCUCGGCACGGGCGCCCGACCGCCGCACCGACUCGGCGAAGGCGACCCACUACAACGACUACUACUGCUAUUCCCCGUGGGAGUGCCCGGAGUGCGGCGAGGUGACGCUGUCGUCGCACCUGUCGUGCUGCACGCACUGCGGGGCGACUACGCCGACUGCCGUGCUCCACGCAACGUGCACGAGCGGGACGUGCGUGAAGGCUGCCGUGCUCGACGACAGCGUCGGGAUCGAGAAGGCGACGCGGGUGGUGGCCGUCGUCGACGCACCGGCCGCCGCGCCGUUCGAUGCGGUGGCGCAGCGGCACGGUAGUCGAGCGGGUCCGGCGUCACGGCUGGCGCAGGUGGAGGCCUUCUUGCUGUGCGCGGCGGCGGCGGAGUCGCCCCUGCAGGCGGCGAUGCGCGACACCUGUGUAGUGCCCACGGUCCACGGGGGGUCGCUAUGGCCAGCAGCAGCACCGAUGGAGAAAGCGUUCUCUUCCGUCAACGGUGGGGACGAGGCGUGGGAGGAGGCGUACGGCGCCGCGGUGCUGCGGUUUUGA